UGUAGCUGUGGAGAGUGGAAGCUGAUUAUUGCAAACAUGACAAUGAAGCUGAUUUUGGUGGCCAUUGAAUUUGCAUGCUUAGUUUAUGGGGUCAUCUCCUCUGGAUCUGAGACACUGUCUGUGCUUUCUUUCUUAGAAAACGGUGCCGUCUCAGAAAAGGCUUAUUCCUCACCGCAACCUUUUAUGGUCAACCUCACUCUUAUUGAAGGAGCUGAUUCUAAAGGAGCUGUGUGUUUGGAUGGAACAUUGCCUGGUUACCAUUUGGAUCGUGGAUUUGGAUCUGGUGCAAAUAGUUGGCUUAUUCAUCUGGAGGGAGGAGGAUGGUGUAAUACCGUCAGAAACUGUGUCUAUAGAAGAAGUACUCGUCGUGGUUCCUCAAAAUACAUGGAAAGUCAAAUACCAUUCACGGGAAUAUUGAGCAAUAAAGCUGAAGAAAACCCUGAUUUCUUUAACUGGAACAGAGUCAAAUUACGGUACUGUGAUGGGGCUUCUUUCAGCGGAGAUAGUCAAAAUGAGUCUGCACAGCUUCAAUUUCGAGGACAAAAAAUAUGGCUAGCUGCAAUAGAGGAAUUAAUGUCCGAAGGAAUGCAGAACGCCAACCAGGCCCUUCUCUCUGGAUGCUCUGCGGGUGGUCUGGCAUCCAUAAUACAUUGUGAUGAGUUCCAGACCUUGUUUCCAAAUUCUUCCAAAGUGAAAUGUUUGAGUGAUGCAGGGUUUUUUCUUGAUGCAAUUGAUGUAUCAGGGGGACGCACACUGAGGAAUCUGUUUGGAGGUGUUGUUCAGUUACAGGAAGUACAAAAAAAUCUGCCAAAAAGUUGUCUCAACCAACUGGACCCAACUUCGUGCUUCUUUCCUCAGAAUUUGGUCAAACAUGUUGAGACCCCAUUGUUUCUACUCAAUGCGGCUUAUGAUGCAUGGCAGGUCCAAGCCAGUUUAGCCCCACCUUCAGCUGACCCCCUUGGCUCUUGGAGUGAUUGCAAAUCAAACCAUGCAAAUUGUAGCUCAUCUCAAAUUCAUUUCCUCCAAGACUUCAGAAAUCAAUUGCUAAAUGACGUGAAAGACUUCUCAAUGUCAUCUCAAACUGGACUAUUCAUAAAUUCUUGUUUUGCUCAUUGCCAGUCUGAGAGACAGGAGACAUGGUUUGCUAAUGACUCUCCCCUUAUUGGGAACAAGCCGAUUGCAAUUGCUGUUGGAGACUGGUAUUUCGAUCGAGAAGUUGUCAAAGCUAUUGACUGUGCUUACCCCUGUGACAAUACCUGCCAUAAUCUGAUGUUUAAGUGAGAAAAAUUUGUUAUCUCCAUGUGGUUAUAUGAUAUUUUACACUUUCAUCCUUGUAAUUUCCAUUUGUGUAUUUAGCAUUCAUUAAGUUAUGGAAAGACCAUUCUUGGCUGAGGGUGCUAUUGAUUAUCUAUCUUCCUUUUCAGAGAUAAUAAUUCAUGUCAAUAAGAUUCAU